AUGGAGUCUUCUAAUAAAGUGAAAUACAGAGGAGGAAAGAGCACGGCGAAGGGUAUCGGAAUUGCAACUGGGCGUACGAAUAAUAUUCCAAGGCUGGCUAUAACGACACCGGGUGAAGUGGUAGAACAGGAACUGAAACAUGUGAAACUCCACAGUUCAAAACAUAAGGACGGAAAGCCACUUGAUCAAGUCCUGGCUAAUAGCACAAACCUGAAAAAGCCCAAUUUUUGCUCGGUGAAAACACCUUGGAGACGCAGGCUACAGACGCUGGCUGUCGCGUGGCAUGUGGGCUCAUUUGUGUACAUCUUGGCUUUCGCCAUAUUGGCACUCGCAAACCCUAUAAUGUGGGUUAUCAUGAUUCCGUACAUGGUCUAUUACGCAAUCGACAGGUCGCCCGCUAACGGCAACGUGACAAAGCGAUACUCACCCUGGGUCAGGAGCCUGGGGUUCUGGCGUUAUUACUGCGAUUACUACCCAAUCACCCUUCACAAAACUGCAGACCUGCCUCCCACGUAUACGGCCAAGACACCACUUUCCGUUUCCCCGAAGAGUCCUUACCGUAUCAGCUUCAAAGUGCGCAUUUGGCCAUUCAAAUACUCUUUGAAAUUCAAUAUUUUGAAGCGCACAAACACCUCACCAGAGCUGGAAAUGGAGGCUACGGGCCCGCGCUACAUUUUUGGCUAUCACCCGCAUGGUGUAGGAGCCCUGGGUGCAUUCGGAGCGUUUGCAACCGAAGGCGCCAACUUUUCACAGAUGUAUCCUGGGAUAAGAAUGUGUUUGAUGACACUAAUCAACCAAUUUCAAAUUCCCUUCUACAGAGACUACUUGUUGGCGCUUGGGAUCACUGCAGUGUCCAAGAAAAAUGCCCUACGAGUUCUGCAGUGUGAUCACUCGAUCUGCAUAGUUGUAGGAGGUGCUCAAGAGGCUUUAAUGAGCAAAAUCGGUUCCGCAGACUUGGUGCUAAAAAAGAGAAAAGGUUUCAUCAAACUGGCUUUGGAGACCGGUAACGUGAGCCUGGUGCCAUGUUUUGCAUUUGGCGAGACUGACUGCUACAACAUUCUGCAGACUGAUGAAAAGUCGUAUUUGCGUAGGCUGCAGCUAUGGGUCAAGAGGUCUUACGGGUUCACAAUUCCAUUUUUUUUCGCCCGCGGGCUAUUUAACUACGAUUUCGGCCUAAUUCCCUUCCGUAGACCUAUCAACGUGGUUACAGGCGCUCCCAUUCACGUCAAAGAGAAGCAUGAAAACCCUACUGUUGAGGAAAUCGACCACUAUCACAAGCUAUACAUUGAGGAAUUGGAAAGGAUCUUCUUCUCUAACAGGAAAAAGUUUGGGUAUGAGAACCAGGAACUAAAGUAUGUAGAAUAA